UCCUCUCUGGACUCAGCGUAUACAGAGAUUUAAGAUAAACCUCUUCUGUGGAUAAGGAUACCUAUGUGUCCGGGAUAUACACUUCAGCUGAGCUCAGCAUCUCCCACACCUGCUCAGCCCCUAUACCUGUCCUUGGCCAGCAUAGGCUACAGACAGUCACCUGACUACUUGGGGCUGUAAAAUCCAGUUGGGAAUUAGAACAGAUCGGAUUUGGGAGAGGGCAGGGUGAGAGGACUCAUUCCACCAUUAGUCCAAGUGGUGGUAACACAGGCGGUUUGACUCACCAACUCCCUGUCCCCCUGUAAAAAAGGAAACCCAAUUUUCAAAGUAGCCAAGAGGAGCAGUCUAGGGACAUACGUCUCCCCCCUAGGGAAACGGGAAGAUGGGAGCUGGAGCUAGUGCAGAAGAAAAGCAUUCUCGAGAAUUGGAGAAGAAGCUGAAGGAAGAUGCUGAGAAAGAUGCCAGAACAGUCAAACUGCUCCUCCUGGGAGCUGGUGAGUCUGGGAAAAGCACCAUUGUAAAACAGAUGAAAAUUAUACAUCAGGAUGGUUACUCCCUUGAGGAAUGCAUGGAGUUUAUCACCAUUAUCAAUGGGAACACUCUCCAGUCCAUGCUUGCUAUUGUGAGAGCCAUGAACACACUGAAUAUCCAAUAUGGAGAUCCUGCUCGACAGGAUGAUGCCCGUAAACUCAUGCACCUGGCAGACACCAUUGAUGAAGGUUCCAUGCCUAAGGAGAUGGCUGAUAUCAUUGGGCGCCUAUGGAAGGACUCAGGCAUCCAAGCUUGCUUUGAUCGUGCUUCUGAAUAUCAGCUCAACGAUUCAGCUGGAUAUUACCUGAAUGAUCUAGACAGGCUGGUGGCCCCUGGCUAUGUCCCCACUGAGCAGGAUGUACUGAGGUCCAGAGUCAAGACCACCGGUAUCAUUGAGACCAAUUUUGGCCUCAAAGAUCUCAACUUUAGAAUGUUUGAUGUGGGUGGACAGCGCUCUGAACGUAAGAAGUGGAUUCAUUGCUUUGAAGGGGUGACCUGUAUCAUCUUCAUCGCUGCACUGAGUGCAUAUGACAUGGUCCUUGUGGAGGACGAUGAAGUGAACCGCAUGCAUGAAAGUCUGCAUCUCUUCAACAGUAUCUGUAACCAUCGUUACUUCGCAACAACCUCCAUUGUACUCUUCCUUAACAAGAAAGAUGUCUUCACAGAGAAGAUCAAGAAAGCCCAUCUGAGUAUUUGCUUCCCAGAUUAUGAUGGGCCAAACACAUAUGAGGAUGCAGGGAAUUAUAUCAAGACACAGUUCCUGGAAUUGAAUAUGCGACGAGAUGUGAAGGAGAUUUACAGUCACAUGACCUGCGCCACAGACACAGAGAACGUCAAGUUUGUGUUUGAUGCGGUCACAGACAUUAUCAUCAAAGAAAACCUGAAGGACUGCGGCCUGUUCUAAGGAGAUGUCCGCAGAAGUUACCCUGGUGAAUUUGCCCUAAUCCCUACUGCCUCCCCAACAAACCAAACAAGCCCCUAAUGGAGCGUUACACCGUGCACAUCCUACAAGGGGACCCCUUGGACAUGAGACAAAGGAGUCAAAGUGAUAACUGUAACAUCGGUCCUCCCCUCACACCACCCUCUGCAAAAGAGGGGUGCAGACAAUGAACCUUCAGUAGACAUCCCCUACGCUUUGUUGUAAAUUCACCAUUCCCAUGAUUGGCUUCUCAACUCUGUAACAGCCAAUGGGAAUGUAACAUUUUAUAAUAGUUGGUUAAAAAAAUGAGAGGCAUUUAAACAUGGCAGCCCAGUUGUUGGGUGCUAAUUAACCUAUAUAUUCUGAAUUAUAAUGCUUUUUCGAUCCACAUAAAAAAAAUACAUUGGUAGAGCAAUCUCUGAUGAACAGACAGAGAGUAAAUUAAGCACAACAGAUGCUGGCCUCUUAAGAAGCUGAUCCAUGUGUUUACUUAUAGGGGACACAUCAUUGUUAGAGAGGCCACAUUAUAGUGAGGGCUGCCAGCCUGUUUAUGAGGAAUCUACCUCUUUAUCAGAUUGGAGAAUACCCCCAUAUGUGACUCGAUUAACAUCUUAAGCUGGUAGAAGAAAUUCUAUGCCUAAGAGAUAUCAAAGUUGACAUUUCAAGAAAUUCUGGCUGAUAUGUAUAUUUUUAUAAUCCCAAAUGUCCUCUACUUUUAUACAUAAUUUUUUUUAUAACUCCCUUAAUGCUCUUUAGUUUAAGGGUUUCUUCUCCAUCAUUAUGUCACUAAUUUAAAAAAAAAAGCACUUUAAACAUUCUAAAUUUCCUGUUUCAGUUCCUUUGCUGCAAAUGGGGGCCUAUAACAGCAAAGUGUUAAGACUUAUUUUCCAAAUCACUAUUUCCCAAAUCAUUCUACACUUAUUUAUUAGCUGGAAAGGAAUAUUGUCAAUCCGGUCCUAUGCACCAUUUUUUGUAAGGAAAAUUGCAUGUUUUCCCACUCACCUAUGGCUCACAGUCAGUUGUACAGGUAGAGUAUAGAUGCAAAUGAAUCUGCUUCUCAUAAAUUAAAUGCCAUUAUUAGGCAGAAUGA